CGUAAAAGAAGUUAGCACUGACGUAAAAGGAAUUAGCACUGACGUAAAAGAAAUGAAGGAGCUAACAAAGAAGCUUGAUAACUUGGUGGCAUCAACUCUUACUCCUGAGGUGCAAUCAAGUAAUGAGGGUGAGUAUAUAGAGGCGAUCAGAGACUUUAUUAAUCAACUAUUGUGUAUUCAGAAACGACCACUAUGAGAAAAACGUAACCGUCCAAAACAACAGCUUUUGAAAUUAAUUUGACAAAGUCGACUUUUUGACAAAUCACGUCUGACAGGAUCGUGAACAAUGGUUAUCCCGGCUUUCACAGCCAGUGAAGGGGCUUGAUUAAUAAAAGGUGGUCCUUUUAUCUCCUCAGAAGAAUAAAGUCAAUCCUGUUAAAGGGCCAUAAUUAGUUUUCUUUAUUACAUAGACACGAGUGUUUUACUGGAAAAUAUACCACUCGUAAAAUUCAAAAAAACUACAUCCGGGACCCGAGUGGUUUAUUUUCCAUAAUCUCACACGUGAGUUUAUCGAUGACGUAAUUUCGGUCAUUUCCCUCUAUUAUUUUAUCGAUGUCUUUUUGUCUAUAUAAUAAAAAGAACAUUACACGGGGGCUUAUAUUUGGAGGGGCUUAUUUUCGGAAUUUUACGGUAUCCCACGAAACUGUUAAGUUGGUUAUUUGUACUGUAGGGAUUUGCACGGUACAAAACCUGUUUGACAGGCCUUGGCGCAGGCGGUAAAAUCUCCGGUCCAAACAAAAAUUCUAAAUUAUAUUUUGUCGACAUUUGAAGGUGCUAUUUCAUAUGACGUGUUUUAAUAGCACGAUGAGAAUUUCCUGUAGCAGUUUUUAUUGAAGAAGAGUUUACUUUUGUAAUUGCAGGUCUAAAAGUGUGUAUUUUAUAUAUCAGAGAUUUUGAGAACUGUGCAAAAAACAAAAGUCUCAAUUGUCUCAAAUGACAAUUGUUUCACAAACUGGUUUGACUGGUUGGCGUUUUCUUAGCCAAUCAUUAUCUUACCACGUGCGUCACGUGCGUCACUUGUAAUAAAGCCAUUUAUUUCAUGCCAAAUUAAAUCAUUUUUUGCCUUAAAUCUCUUUUAAAAGCUUAUGAUAUUCCCACUCAACUGGUCUGGCCUGCAGAAUAAUACUGCUUACAGGCAUCCGGCUGAUAAAGUGACUCUCACAUAGAACAUAGGACAGGAGUUCCCCCACCCCCUUUGGAGGUAAAAUGAAUUUCCCAUACGAGCGAACGCCUCCCCGUGCAGACCCUGGGGGCAGGGGUGGGUAAACAAUAAUAAUUAUAAUAAGACACUUUAUUUAAAGAGGGUGACACGGAAUAGUUGAGGUAACUGAUAAACUUGUGGCCCCCUAUCUAAAAUUAUAAUAAAAAAUAUAUACUGUUUAUACAAAGUGUACAUAGAAAUAUAAGAGCUAAAUGAUCAAAUGUAUGUUAAAUUCUAAUAUGUCUAUCUAUAGAACUAUAAAAUGUCUAUCUGCUAAGAAUUAUAACAAAAAUAAGGUGUAACUUAAGAGCAAAUGAUAAAUCAAAUAAUUAAACUAUAAAAUGAUGCUGAUUCUGUUGUAUAUUAAAAAGGUUGUUUCUAUAAUUAUUCCUAAAAGAUUCUGUUGAUGCAGAAUUCCUGAGUUCCCGACUUAAGCUGUUCCAGAGUUGACAAGUAGUAACUGCGAAUGAUCUACCGCCUUUGAUCAUUCGAUUAAAUCUCGGGCAAAUAAAAUUAGUGUUACUAUAUCUUGUAGCACGACUAUGUUGCUGACUGUAACACUGGAAAGGAGGGGAGGAGAGUCUCAGGAAUGCAGCCGCUACGUUCGCCUUGGCGAGAAAUCGCUUUGGCCGCUUUAGUAUCUUUUAUAGAAAUCUUUGGUGUUGAACAUUAGACGUAAAAAACAAGGUAUCCGGUGACCUGUCUCACUUACUCAUACUACCAUACAUUGUUUUCGUAGGUUAAACAAAUCAGCACUUCCUUUCCAUGGCCUCUAUUACAACUACAACGCCGUCUACAAAAGACACAACCAAUUAUGCCAGGUUAUGCCGUGUUCUUGUCGAUGUGGGCACUUGUGCCCUCAGAGAUUGCUUUGAUGCCAUCUGCGCAACACCAACCCUACAAACGUUCUUAGCAGCUAGUCAACCCACACUGAAGUCUCUAAGAUCACGUAGGAUUAUCACUGCGACUCAAUGGGGAAAGCUUUUUCCUGCAAUCCUUGCUUCAGUGUCUUCAAAACAUUUUGACAUCACUCUACUGAUGCCUUUGUUGCGCAACAUCUGCGGUCUCACUCCUCCGGUAACAGGAUGGGACGUGCUCCCUGCUGCCACAGACCUGAGCCGUGAGGCGGACAUUGCGCGCGUAAAGUACUUCAGGAAUACAGUGUACGCUCACGCUGAGCACGCAUCUAUUGAUGAUGCAACUUUUGACACAAACUGGAAGGAGAUCCGAGACACUCUAGUACGGCUAGGAGGGGCUACAUACAAGGUAAGCUAGAGUCGAAAUGUUCAAUGUGAUAUCCGUCUAUCCUUACCUUAUAACAACCAUGACCAAUGAGGACUCAUCCCCUCUCUUUUAAUGGCUAAUAAUUUGGCUUAGCAAUGCAAUGAUUUAUACAAUACAAUACAAUACAAUAAUUUAUUUAACCAUGUUAUCGUCUAAGAGAACAAGUGCUCUUUCAAAGUACGAACGUAUAUUAAAUCAACAAUUAUGAUAAUAAUAUCUAACAUAAAGAAAUUAAAUAUGUAAUCUAAAUUUAUGUAUACAUGAAUAUAAAAAAUUAUAAAAAUUACAAAACUUAGCUUAGACUUAAAAAUAUUAACAUUAACCUAAUCUAUUUCAAGGUCGCUAUUGACAACCUGAAAUUUUGCUGCAUGGAUCCCGAUAUGGAGUGCCAUUACAAAGAACUCCUUCGUCAGUGGAAAAAUGAUGAAGAUACUGUAAAAGAUGAAUUGAAAGAACUUGGCGCCGACGUAAAAGAAAUUGGAACUAACAUAAAAGAAUUUGGCACAGACAUUAAGGAAUUUGGCACCGACAUAGAAGAAAUUGGCAAUAACAUUAAAGAAUGUGACAGAGGCAUUAGAGAAGUUGGCACGGACGUAAAAGAAAUUGGUACCGACGUUAAAAGAUUUUCAAAGAAGCUUGAUGACUUAAUGGCGUCAAAUGUGACACCUGCCAAUGGUGCAGGUAAGUGUGUAGGGAAUUGAGCAACUACAAUCGAACUUUAACAAACGGCUACCUCUCUUCAGUCAGGCUACUUAGUCCUAGCUGGUAGCUGUGACUCUUGUUUUAAGCUAUUUACAACGACCACCUCCCUUCCACAGCUAUUAGGGACCUUAAGAUCCGAGGACGUCGACGGCAGUGAAAACGUCGCUGAAGAAGUGAUUUCGCAUUCUUUCAAUCUUCAUCGCGAUUACUCCAAGUCACUAACUUUGACAAAUGUAGGCGAACCUUCCUAAAGUUGAAUUCCCAAGAACCAUAUCCAAGCUCAGAGAGAGAGAGGAAAUCUCGUCGUCGUUUGUGUACUUCCUCUGUACAUCGUGAAAUUAGACAUUUUGACGUCGUAGUCGUGCAGUGACGGCAAAGAAAUGUACAAAGAAGCGUGAUGCACUUGUAAAAUGGUUGUUUUGCUAAUUAAACCUAUUGCUUUUGUGGCGUUCCCGUUGCCGUCGCCGUCGUCGGAUCUUAAGGUCCCUAUUUCCCAGCCUUGUCCAAUAGGUGGCCAGAGCAGUGAAGGUUUACUGCACUAUACAAACACCAAGAAAGCGGGACAAAAUCAAAACAACUCUCACGUUAAAAAAUUAGGUCGAAAUUUAGUAACAAAGUGGCUUUUUUUCUUCAAAAUGAUCAGAACUUGUGCUAUAAAUAACUUUAAUGGGAACGCAGAAACUCAUAAGGGGUUGAACAACCCCUAAUGGGUUUCUGUGGGAACGUGAAUAUGUUAUCGAGGCGCUUACAGACAACGGCUGAGAACUCUGAAAACCCCCCAAAUAGCCGCAGGUUAACUGUCAAAUGUCACGUGAUCCUAUUAGUCACGUGACUACCAUCUUAAAAAAUACCAGGCGAGGUUGUCGAAAGGUAGCCUGAAGUUUCGAUUUCUUUCCCUGUAAAGUUAUCUCCAAUUCAAUGAAUCCAGAAACCAAAAUCCUCAAGCACAAAAAAGGAAACGUUAACGAAACGUCUUGCUAUUUAAAGCAUCAGGAACCUAAGACAAUGUUUAACUUGUGACAUUUCUGGCCCUCCUUUUCAACUCUGUAAACCUUUCAUCGCUAUACACUAUUUCUGGGAUUCACUCAAUUACUAACCCAUGAAAAUCCGGGCUCAAGAACAAACAAAAUGCACUUUAUGUGAGUGUCAAUGUAUGUAGUACGAAACUACUAAAUAAAUAUGAUUGGGGACACUAUUUUUAACGUCUCCCACUGGAGACGAGACCGCCAUUUUACGUCUUCAUCCAAGCCACCCGAAGCAGUGCAAAGGCAGUACCUUCAUUUCUCAGUCAUUUUAAGACCCUGAGUGUUGGUCCGGUCCAGGGAAUCGAACCCGCUACCUCCCGCUCUACUGACUGAACUAAUCCUGCCUCGGUCAACAAGUCGCAAGUUCAGCGUAAACGCAUUUGAUAUGCAUCAAAAAUGUACGUAUUGACUUGUGCACAACGGUUAAAAUCACGUUCUAAGCUGCUUUGACAAAUUUGUCUACUCUGGAUCUAAAGUGUUAUUAACAGACAGGCAGGAGAAUCAUUUAUGUAGUUAAAAUACGCCUCACAUUGUAAAACUAAGUUCUUGGGAAAGGGAAGCAUCUCACUCUAAUGCACGUCAGUAGUUUCCCUGACAAUUGUGUUAGCUUUGUUUACAUGUUCAGUACAUUAUAAUCAUAAUUGUAUUUUGUUUUGCCAAAGAUAAAAGCCAAAAACUGAAAGGGAUAGUAGACACCUCGUCUUUGUGCAGAGAGAAAUUUCACGAGAAUGAACUUUUUGACUCUUUACUGUGAACAGUGCAAAGUGUGCAUUUGUGAAAAAUGUAGACAGACCCGUCACAAUCACCACACCGCCGUGGAUAUCCACCAAGCCGCCGAAGAACACAAAGUUGAUAUCGAGGAGAUUGGACAAGAAAUGAAAAUAGAAAUCGCUGAUCAUGAAGAGCACGCGGAAAAAACAAAGAAUUCCGUGAGAAAAAGCAGAGAAAGGAUUUCUACCGCGCGCAAUAAAGUAAUGACAUCUGUUGAAGAACUUAUCCGACUUUUACGUGAACAUGAGAAAGCUAUGAUAACUAGUUUGGGUGUUAUUGACGGAAAAGAAGAGCGACAGUACUCAGCGCAGCUGGAACAUUUACAGGUUUCUAGGAAUCAGUUACAAGAGCAUGUCGAGUGCUGCGAGGACAUCUUACUGAGGGAGAAAAGCGUUGAAAUUUUGCAAGCACAUCAUGCACUUAUCGGACGAUGUAGAGGUCUUCUAAAUGUAAGGAAACUAAACAUUUAUAAACCAUCGCAUGUCAAAUACGAGAUUAAUAAAGAGUAUGUGGAGAAAGUGAAAAGCGCAGUUCCGGCGGUGGGUCGAGUCGUCAUCGUUACCACAGAUCCUUUGCAGUCGGCGGCUGAAGGGACAGGUUUACAGAAAGUAAAAUUAGGAAGCGAAGCAAAGUUCAAAGUAACAACCAAGGACUCGGAUGGAAACAAGUUUUAUGAUGAAAACGAUCAGAUUCAAGUGAAAGUCCAGUCUCCCUCAGGAGAAGAACUGAUCCACGUGAUUUCACCUGACAAAGAUGGUGAAUAUAGCGUCACUUACACACCAGAUUGUUUCGGACAACAUGAUGUGAUGGUGACGAUUAACGGUCAGCCGCUGACAGGAAGUCCAUGGAGCGUUCAUGUGACUUGUGUGCCACAAGUUCAUUUUACACAGUAUACAUAUUCAUUUUCGUUUAGCUCAUCUUUGAACAGAAAGGGAACUUUUUGUUGGCCCAGUAGCAUUGCGACAGAUGGUAAUACUGGCAAUGUUGCAGUGGCCGAUCAAAAUAGGGUACAACUAUUUAGUGUACAAGGCACGUAUCCACACAUUCUUGUUGCUUAUCAACUAAAUGAUCCGACGUCGGUAGCAUUCACCAAGUCAAGUGAACUCUUAGUUAUUGCUUCUCACACGAUUUUUUGCUACAAUAGAAGUUACAAAUUUAUAAAAUACGUCAUCAACAAAAAACUGCAGAAACCAAAGUAUCUGAAUAUUGCGUCUGACGGACGCAUGAUGGUGUGUGACUGGGGUGACCACACAGUCAAAGUCUUGUCCUCUGAUGGCUCACAGCUGUUGCUUGCCAUCUUUGAUCCUAACAGUACACUCCCAUGCAACACAUGGUGUCAUCAAAAUAUGUUUUAUAUUUCCUAUCCAAUGCCAGGUAAUGUGAAGUUAUUCAGCAAAGAUGGGGUGUUGUUGUACAGUAUCGGCAUCUCAGAGUCUGGUGUUCGACAUCUGAGUUUUCCUGCAGGUAUGGCAAUUGACAGGUUUAAUAACCUGGUGGUGUGUGAUCGUGAUAAAGCAAGACUUCAGUUAUUUUCUCUUGUGAUCUCAAUACAUGGAGGGUUUAGUGCACCAUUUUCUGUUGCUGUGUCAAGCAGUGGCCAGCUUUUUGUUACUAGUUCACUGGACAAAUCCUGUGUGUAUAUUUUACAGUGA